CUAGAUUCAGCAGAUGUCAACGAAAACAAAGGUCCAGUCAUCCACUUGAUCGAAUCUGACCAGGAAGAAGCCACAGUCUACACGUUCGAAAAAGACAAUGAGCGCAGCAACAAAACCAGCAGAUCUGUCCCCAGAAGAGUCCCCAGUGACGAGUCAAACGAACUACACUACGCCCAAAGCGAAGAGGACGCAGAUCCUGAUGACGUAGUGGUCUUCCAAAGGGGUCAGCGUGACGUUAAAGUGACCCCGAAAGUGGUGACCAAGGCUGUGCUAUUGACAUUGGCAUUGAUAGGGGCGCUGUAUGCGACAUACUGGUACAGUAUCAACUUCAGCAAAAGCAGCGAAGUGCUAUCAGCGUCAUUGCUGCUUCUCCUGACUGUUCUUGUCUUCAAACCAAAGUAUUUUCUACCAACGCUGAUUUAUAACAACGCCAGCCCGUCUUGUGUUUCAAUGAAAAUGGUUUCCGGGCGGCGAAGGUGAGAAGAGAGAACGAUGGUGAAGCGAACUGCUCACAGGUUAAGGGAACCGAUGUUCUUUAUCUCCAAGCUCGAUUGAACAAACGCCACUGUGGAUCUCCACUCAUAUCUACACGUACCUUGUGUUUUAAAUACAUUAUGUUAAAUCUUU